UUCAACCUUUUUUUCUUUCCUCCUUUCAACCUGGUUGUAUUAAUUAGGUAUUUGUUUGUUUUCAGAAAAAUAAAAUUAAAGAAAAAAAGAGAAACUUUUUAAUCAGUCCUUUUAUAACCCAAAACACAAAACUGAAGCUUAUGCUUUAAAUGAAUAUAAAGAUUUUUAUUUUAUUUUUUGCCAAUGUGACAGCAGGGUUUGAGAAUAAGAUGAUUAAGUUAUUGUGCAAUUAUGAACAGUAUUGCAUCAUCAAAUGUACAUCAUUUUUGAUUAAAGUUUAAUACUCAAAAUGUGCUUUUGUUUUGACCAGAGAAGAGUUUGAAUCAUUUUAAUCAUUGGAUAUUUUAAAGCUAGAUUGGUUAAAAUAUUUCUCAAACCAACCACUGAAUUAAUUGUGAUUCAUUUUACACUUAAAAUGGCAUUGUAAUUCCAGAUGACGUGACAAUUUACAUAACAUUUCAUUACUCUGUUGUUUCUUUUAACCUGACAAACUAACACAGCUCAGCUCAGAAAAAGAGACAAGCAACCAAACAGUGUGCUUUCCUAAAGUGCAGAUGUAAAUGAGGUCUGUGCAUCUUAGACAACUCAGUCUUUGGUUUUCUUUGCUGUUCAGAGGCAAAGCACAACAGACAAAGAACAGACAAAGGUGUGGGAGGUAAAAUCUUCUACAGAGAUCCUGCAGUUAUGAUAGCAAUUGCAUCAUGUAUUAGUUAAACUAAUGUGUGUGAAAUCAAUGUUCCAUCUUAAAGAAGGAUCACCUAGACAACAGAUGUAAAGGGAAUGCUUCAAAAUGGUGCUGGAACACACAAAGGUGGCGAUAACUGGAGUAGUCACCAAAAUCAGUACCAAAAGGAAGCCCGUUCUACCUUUUCCAGCAUGCAGACCCAGGCCAGAGGAAGCAGUUCAUCUUUGAUCUCAGGCAAACCCAUGGCUACCAAGGUAUCUGUUGCCUUGAACAGUGAUUUCAGAGGCUCUGGCUCAUCUCACAUUCAACAUUCCACUCUACAACAGCAGACUGACAGUGAAAAUACAAGCAAACAUUUCAGACAGCACAGACCAUCAGUACUACGCAAAGGCAACCAGCCGUUCCCACAAGCUUGUGGUGUUCAUGACUGGGUUGUGGACACUGUGUGUAAGACAGAACCUGACAGUGACCUGUCAGACCCGGUGCCGCUUUACACCAACCAAUCUGAAAGUCCUCAGCCUGGCAGCACAGAGCAUACUGGGAAGCAUGCAUACAGUCCAGGUGGCUCUCUGUGUGUUAAAGGGCAAUGUGGAUGGCCUGGAUGCUCAAAGAGCAGAGAAGUGUUCAAAGAAUAUGGGCAUUUCUUAAAACACCUUUCCACUGACCAUGGUCCUGGGGACCGAAGUAUAGCCCAGUUGAGAAUGCAGAAAGACAAAGUACAAUACGUGGAGAAUCAGUUGACUGCUGAGAGACAGAAACUGCAGGCUAUGCAGCUACACCUGUUUGACGUCAAAUCUACCUCUGAGGAUGGAAACAGCAUGGAGAAGUCAGGACAUCUGUCAGAACUCUUACAACCUGCAGCAUGUCAGGACGCAAAUGGUGUCUAUGACAGUGACAGAGCGGCAGCUAAAGCGCUAACACAAGGAUACUGGCAGAUCUCUACCUCACAAGUUAUACCAGGGAUUAUCCCCAGUUUUGAGUAUUAUAAGUUCACAAACAUGAGGCCACCUUUCACCUACGCCUCCAUGAUACGAUGGGCGAUACUGGAGUCCCCAGAAAAGCAGCUUACUCUGAAUGAAAUAUAUCACUGGUUUACCCGCAUGUUUUUCUACUUUCGUCACAACACUGCCACAUGGAAGAAUGCUGUUCGGCAUAACCUCAGUCUUCAUAAGUGCUUUGUGCGCGUUGAAGGAAGAAAAGGUUCUGUUUGGACCGUGGAUGAAGAGGAAUUUCUGAGAAGAAAAGGACAAAAGUUUCACAGGGAUCAGGAUAUGGGCUGGAUGGCACCUUUUCACGUGUUUCCUGUGACUCCACAAGGUGAAACUUAUCAGAUGCGAGGCCCAAAUGGACUCUCAUGAAGAAAUUACAAUCGGAUUUCAAUCACUAACAAUAUUAACAACUUAGUUAUCAUUCUAGUAAGAAUGAUAAAUAUUAUGAUGGUUUAAAAUGGUGGUUUUAAACAUAUAGCUGGCAGUCUAUUUCAGACCUAAUUAUGUUUUGUUUUUUGGAAAAAAAUAAUUUGUGUAAGGAAUUAUGAAGUUUGCAUAAUCCAAAAAUCAAGUUAAGUAGUGGGUGUUCAGCAGACUUUUCACUAUCCUUCUUGCAUUUAAAUGCACUGAUUAAAAAGCACAAGUGUGUGGUUUUUUUUUUAUAGAGCUUACAAGUGUACAUCAAUAAUGAUACUAAUGGCAUCGCAUGUAAAUACAUUUAAUAUGGUACUUAAUUUAAUAUUGCUAAUUAAUAUUGCUAAUAUUGCUAUAAGCACUGAGCACAUGCUGUUAAACAAUAACUGUACAUUUUCUCUCUAUGUCUUAAAAUAUGAUAUUCAAAUAAAGGUCCAAACUGAAACGCAAUCCAGCAUUGUUAUAGUGUUAUUCUGCUACAGUAUACACUACACAACGUCAAGUCUUGCUUCUUAUAAACUAAAAAAUAAUACAAAACCUCCCAGUC